UCGGCUGUGUGCUUACGCGUCAGACUGGUUUCUGAUUUUCCUUGUGCAAAUGGAAUUCCUUAUUAAAAUAAGUGUCGUUUCUUUAUACGUAUUGUAUCUAUCGCAUUACUCCGGAGCAUAUAAGCAAUGUAAGGUACCAAAUGGAGACGCGGGCUCGUGUCUUCAGAUCACAAAAUGCCAACCCCUAAACGACUUGUACCUGAAAAAACCGAAAACAGAAAAAGAACAUCUAUUCAUUCAACAAUCUAUCUGUAGCAAGGACAGCCCAAAACUAAAGGUAUGCUGCCCAUCUGAGUCGGUAUGGUCAAGUUUCAAACCGAACCCUGUGAUAUUCCCUGAUUCACCUGUUUUAUUUACAAAUAAAGUGACACGAAAACCACCAAUCAAACCAGUCUUCAGCGGGGCCGUACCUCUGACAUUGGACACUGGUAUCGAAUAUGGACCUAGGAUAAAAGAUUAUCAGGGGACUUGCGGGGUGGAUUCAUCUAAUGCAAAUAAAAUUUCCGGCGGUGGUCCAACGAAUAUUGACGAAUACCCGUGGUUGGCUUUAUUGGAGUACGCAGGAGGCUCUUUGGCUUGUGGUGGAAGCCUAAUCAGUUCUAAAUUUGUAUUAACAGCUGCGCACUGUUUAGCGGGAUCGUCUGGUAAACCAGUAAAGGUACGUCUCGCGGAGUACAAUAUAACGUCUUAUCCAACCGAUUAUGUUGAAAUAGAUGGAGGCGGUACCGAUUCAAUUAAUGUUACAAUAAUUCCUGUUAAAUCUGUAAUCAAACAUCCAGAUUUUAAUAGAGCCUUGCGAAUUAAUGACAUUGGAGUCAUUGAGAUGACGCACAGGGCUACAUUUAGCGAUUUCAUAAAGACAAUCUGUCUACCUCCAGCAAACUACAUGAAUGAGUUCAAUAAGAACACAAAUUUCACCGUCGCCGGCUGGGGAAACGACAAUUCCAUAAGGAACGAAGUAAAGCUCCAAGUGAUGGUACCGUUCAUGCCAACGGAUCAAUGUACAAGAGUCCAAGGGAAUGAAAUACUGGACACACAGAUUUGCGCUGGCGGUAUUAAGGGUAAAGAUUCGUGCAGCGGCGACUCCGGCGGACCAUUGAUGUAUGAAAAAAAUCAAAUUUAUUACGCAGUGGGAGUUGUGAGCUAUGGGAGAGAGUUGUGCGGGACGGAGGGGGUGCCGGCUGUGUACACUAACGUCUUUAAAUACGUUGACUGGAUAUGGGGCGUUAUGGAUGGAAGCAUCACGGCAUAGUUGGAUACAUUUAAGCCGUUACUUAAAUUUGAUUAUAGCUCAGUACCAAAGUUUAUUAUUAAUUAAUAAUAUAAUGGAAAACCUGUACAUAUAGCUUAUUUAAUAGUUAUGAUGAGAUUAUUAAUAUUUUAGAUAUAAAUUUAUGACUAAUUUUACUUUAUAAUUACGAAUA